UAAGCUGCCAACAUCUCUAAGAGGGAGAAAACGGAUCUGUCCUCACCCUACGCGGAAGCUACGCCUCACUACACACCAGACAAGAUGAAGGUUGUCGGAUCUACCUGCGCCCUGAAGAGCAAGGUCGGCGGAGAGAUCGGCCUGUCCGAGCAGAGCCUGACCAUCUCCAAGUGCAAGAUCCCGCUGCUGGACGAGCAGAUGAGCGUCUUCCUCCAGGACAUGAACAGCUGCUACAGCAAGCUGAAGGAGCUCGUGCCCACCCUGCCCACGAAUAAGAAGGCUAGCAAGGUGGAGAUCCUGCAGCACGUCAUCGACUACAUCUGGGACCUGCAGGUCGAGCUGGACGAGCCGGAGAAGARCCGCCAGCUCUCUGUCAGCGGCGCGGCGCGCACCCCGCUCACCACGCUGAACGCAGAGCUCGCCAGCAUCUCAGUCGAGAACGGAUGCUCAGACGACAGGAUAAUGUGCCGCUAAGACCCCCMGCGGAGCAUCMUCCUCCUCCUCCUCCCCAUCAUCCUCAAAACGUGCGCCCGCAGUGACCAAAAAAAGAGGCGGCUCGGUGUGACUCCUGUCCUGGAUCACAUCAAAACCUUAAAGCCUUGAACUGUGUAGGGACGUUUCAAACUCCCCUCCUCUAAACAAAAAACUAGAAGUGGACAUUCUCAGACCAAGGUGGUCUCAAACAGUCAUCCACAGCUCUCGAUUCAUCCGAGGACUCGGAUCAGACUGGUGUCCAGAUGUAGACCGGGUUAGUCGGAGGACCAAGACAAGCUCAGAGCAGCCGGCGCGUUGCUUACAGAGUUUUUUUAUUUUUUAAAAAUCAACUUCAUGUCUCUGUUACACUUUUUAUAUCAUGUGUAAAAAAAGAUAAUGUAAAGAAUUUCAACACUUUUGUAAAAAAAAUAGUAAUUUCUCAGAUUCCUGAGCGACAAACUGUAUUGUAUAUUACAAUGCCAUAGUUAUGUGAAGAGAUUGUUUUCUUUACAAUGUACUUUAUUUGUGUUUUUAUUAAAACAAGAACACUAUUUUUGAACACGUCA